GAGCCGGACGCACACCUAAACCCGCCCCGUCCGAUCCGCUCGACUCUGCCAUUGGGGGAACGGUGCCGCGUGGAGGUUUCCAUGACGACGAGUCGCUAGGCGCCCGGCUCGUGUGUGGGAGCCGAGCUCAGACCUAGCAGGGAGCCCCUGAGCGAGAAGCCGGGUGGGCGAGGGCAGCCAGCGCCCGCCUCGAUCGACUCGCGGAAGACCUUAAAGGAGGCAGGCGUCGGUGGCCCAGUCGAGCGGUCCACGGCUGUGGACCACCAGGAGCAACUCGCAGGUCUUCGCCCUUGAGGGUGACGGGAGGCUGGCGGGCACUUGAUGAGGGCUGGCCGGGCUGCAAUUCUGGCGCUUUGAAUUGAGAGCACGCGAAGAAGCCCCUGCCCGGCCCUCGAAAUCCCCAGGGAGGAGGAGGAGGCCCCUUCAAGGCCUCCAGCUGGCGCUUUGGGUCAGGGCUGACCUGAGGACACCUGAAGAUCCGAACAGUCUCCUAAUUCAGGGAAGCUUUUCGGGAGAGGAUGAGGAGAGUUCCAGCCCUGGCUGAGAGGACCAUCAUCUUGAAAGCCCUGGUCCCAAUCCUGUAAGCCCUGUGGGCAGGGGCUUGAAGGGGUGCCAUGUCUCUUUGGAGCCCACCAAGUGGAGGUGGUGGUCUUCCUCCUGCCAACAGCCCCCCUUGGCUAUGAGGAUGGGCAGUGGUGGAUCCUCAGGCCGGGAAGAUCGGCUGUCAUCAGCUGCCGAAGAGCAGCUAAGUGGUGGGGAUCAGAUGCUGGAGCUUUCUGGAUGCUACUUAAAGAAACUGCCAAUCCCAGUAUGUGCCCUGAGCACCCUGCAGAAGCUUUACAUCAGUGGCACAGGGAUAACGGAACUGCCCGAGGAGAUAGAAGGGCUGCAGGAGCUGCGUAUAUUGGCACUGGACUUUAAUAAACUGGAGGAGGUCCCUGAGGCCUUGUGUCGUUUACCUCACCUAACCCGCCUGUAUCUGGGCAGCAACCGCCUCUUUGGGCUUCCUGCAGAAUUCUGCCAACUCAAGACUCUUCGUUGCUUGUGGAUAGAGAGUAACUACUUGUACCACUUUCCCCAGGCGCUGCUUCAGAUGCCUGGACUGCAGUCCCUACAGAUGGGGGACAACCGUCUCAAAACCUUGCCUAAUGGUCUGCCCCGUAUGAGGGGCCUCCGCGGAUUGUGGCUUUAUGGGAACCGCUUUGAGGAGUUUCCAAAAUCUUUGCUUCGUAUGACCCAGCUUCACAUCCUUGACCUUGAUCGCAACAAGCUGACAGAAUUUCCUGACUUGAGUCACCUGCGGAGGCUUCGACUCUUCUCCUAUGACCACAAUCCUGUGCAAGGCCCUCCAAAUGUGGCUGAUACUGUCACUGUGGUGGGUGAGGGAGCUCAGGAGUUCAUGGAGGCCAGGGGAGAACGUCUCCAGGCCCUUCGGGAGCAGGAAGAGGAAGAGCAGGAAGAGAACGAAUCUGAAGUUGUGCAGGCUAAUACGAAAAAUGACUCCUCCAUGUUGGAUGAUGGAGAGGGCAGCUUUUCUGCCCUAGAAUGCACUCCAGAGGAAACAUGAAAUAGAAACAACCACCAGAAAGUGGCUGCUCAUAAACAUCUGGUGGAUAGUGACAGGCUUUUGAAUGUGCAUCUGCUGUACAGGGGAUGAGGAGCUGGCCAUCUCUAUCAUUGUCCUGGGAAUCUUGGGCAACUGUUAACUAUGGUACAGUAGUUGCUAAUUCCUUGUAAAGGACAGCUGCUGUUCAGAUAACCUUUGCCCCUCCCUCCCUCAAUGGACUCUGAACCAUCCUAACUCACAUAUUCAUACUGAAUUAUGAGUAACUUUAUACCUUGUAAAUCCCCUUCCUUAUCCCUGGGUGCAAGGAGAAGAUUGGAGGCAAAGACAAAUUCUUAGCUGAGUGGAUAAUUCCCUUGCACCAAACCUUUGAAAUUGUCCCUGACUCAAGGCAUGGAUAAAGAUCACUUCAUGGUGCAGCUGAGUAUAAAAAUGGCAUUAAUGCCAUGACAAACUGGUGUCCAUGAGUGUUGCCUACUCAGUUUGCCAGGCAUGCUACAAAGAGCCUCAACAGGAAGACAGGAUAAAGCCAUCUUGUUUAUUUAUUUUGCUCACCUUGAGUCCUGGGGGUGCUGCAGAGUCAUAAAUAUGAAUCUGUCAGUAUUGAGAAGAAGCUCAUGGGCAACCCUUGUUUGAACACAGAGCUAUCCGUCCUGGAAAGAGACUUGCCUCCGCUCUUUGUAUGGUGGGAAAGGAGUGUUGUGCAUUGCCCAGCUGCUUUGCAGGACUUUCUAUUCCCUUAAAAGGGCACAGAAACAAAACCGAUAUGACCAGGGCCAUUGCAGACUUGCAUAGAUCUCAGAAGGAAGAGUGGCAGACUCAGAAGUUCCAUCUGUAUUGGAGGGUAGCGGGUUCAUUCUGAUGAAGCGGGGCUCUCAGGCUAGAUUUGUAUUAAAUCUCAGCAAUAAAAGCAUGUCAAAAGAAGCUUGAAAGAGACAGACUGGGAGUUGGGGAGGAGGGUACACUUAUUCUCAGGGAGAUUGCUCUAAAAGCAGGAGACCAAAGCUGUUUGGCAGGCUGGGGCUAUUUUUAAAGAUUGUUGUAAAUGAAAUUGUAAGUUAUUUUUGUUAUUUAUAAAAAAUGUAAGUUAUAAAUAACAUGCGUUUUCUAUGUUAUUUAUAAAAAUGGUCUUUCCCCCCUCUGUUUCUGACCCAAACUCCAUUCCCUUUUUGCUUCUCUCUCUCUUCCUGCUUUCUUGUUUCUGAAAUCUU